AUGUGGCCUAUUACUAUCAUCGCUAAAAUCACUUGGAGUCUAUUCUGGCUAGAGCAUACAGCUUAUGUAUGCGAAGCUUUAGGUAAUUUUAUUCGUCACAAUCAACAAAUGAAAGAAAAUCCACAAGACAAUCAAAGAUCUAAAAGCAAUAUCAUCACUUCUUGGAUUCAAGAAUUAGAAUACCAAGGUUUAUUCUGGCAAAAAUAUCAUGAAAUAGAUAAAGCCACAAUAUUACGAUCAAAAACAGAGACGGGUAAAACCGCCAUAGUUCCAGCUGAAAUAUUAAAAAGUAAAAACACCACCCAUCCUUAUGCUAUCGGACAUGAUAAUUCUACCAAACAAAUUAUAAGAUAUAUGGAUGAUAGUCAGGAUAAACUCAAAAUUAUCCUGGAUGAAUUUCAUGAGUUUGAUCCCGAAGCCCUUUAUCUUUUAUCAAAAAUUCGACAAUUGGAUCCACAAACAAAUAAGACGACUAAAGUUUUACUCCUUUUCGCAACUCCACGUAAUAUCUCUAGAAUGAUAUUAACCAAUCUUUAUGAAUCGCCACAACCCCAGAGGUUCAAAAGGAGGAUAUUUUUAAGAGAUGAUAUUAGACCUAUUGAUAAUUUAGAACCCGAUAUUCAUCACAUCAUUAGUGAUAGUGACAAUAUUACAAAUAUUAAAGGUCAACUUCAUUGUCUUAAAACAUCUCCUGCAACUGAACUCCAAUUACGAGGCUGGAACAGUCGUUUCCAUAAUGACGAUACAUUCACUUGUCCGAUAUCAUCAAGUUCAGGUAAAUCAGAAUUACCUUACGGGAGUAUAAGCAUUUAUUCACAGUCUGAUAUCCUCGACCUUCAUCAAAUUUCACAAGACUGGAGAAUGUAUCUUGGGUCACCCUCUCACACACCAUCACAAGACAAUACUUAUGCAUUAGAAGAUGAAAAAAGUUGA